AUGGACGAGACUCGCGAGCUGCCGGCAGAGGCCAUGCCGGUCUCGGCGCCACAACGGAGGACAAUGGGCGACUAUGUGAGGCGCGUCAAGAGAUCCCUCACCACGCGCGAGGGCCUGGUUGGAAAUUACGAUUACAAGUACCUCUUCACGCCAAAGUUGCCGUUCAUGAAGACCCCUCGCUCGGCCGCUCCAUUCUUUGGCCUCAACGACCGCAUGCCCGUCUUAUUGGCCAUGCUGCUCGGCUUCCAGCACGCCCUGGCCAUGCUUGCUGGUCUGAUAACGGUCCCGCUGCUCCUUUCGGGUACCGGUGGCGCCAACCUCCCGCCGGCCACGCAGCAGUACCUGGUCUCGUCCGUCAUGAUCGUCGCCGGUUUCCUGUCCACCAUCCAGAUCACGCGCUUCCACCUCCUCAAGACUCCAUACUACCUCGGCACCGGGCUCAUCUCCGUCGUCGGCUGCUCAUUUGCCGUCAUCUCUGUGGCCACCGGCGGCAUCAAGCAAAUGUACGCCAGCGGUUUCUGUCCGUCCAGCCCAGACGGCACUCCGCUGCCGUGCCCCGAUGCUUACGGCGCUCUCCUGGGUACUGCGGCCGUGUGUGCCCUGUUGGAGAUCUUGCUGUCUUUCCUGCCGCCAAAGGUCGUGCUGCGCAUCUUCCCGCCCAUUGUUACCGGGCCGACGGUGAUGCUCAUCGGAAUAUCGCUAGUAAAAUCAGGCUUCACCAACUGGGCAGGUGGAACAGGCCCUUGCAGCAACGCGGACCCGACGCCCUUUUUCGCCAGGUGCCCCAACAUCAACGCACCGCACGCACUCCCCUGGGGAAGCGCAGAGUAUCUCGGUCUCGGCUUCUCUGUCUACGUGACCAUUUUCCUCUGCGAGCGCUUCGGCGCACCGCUCAUGCAGUCGGCAGCCAUCGUCAUCGGCCUGGCCGUCGGCUGCAUCAUCGCUGCGGCGACGGGCUACUUCGACAACACCGGCAUCAACAACGCGCCCGCCGUGUCGUUCAUCUGGGUCCAGACCUUCAAGCUGCAGGUCUACCCACCACUCGUCCUGCCCAUGCUGGCUGUGGUGCUGAUCUGUAUGUGCGAGACAAUUGGAGACAUCACGGCCACCUGCGACGUGAGCCGUCUCGAGGUCGAGGGCAGGAUGUACGAGAGCCGUAUCCAGGGCGGUGUGCUGGCCGACGGUGUCAACAGUAUUCUUGCGGCCAUGAUGACCAUCACUCCCAUGACCACCUAUGCACAAAACAAUGGUGUCAUUGCCCUAACGCGCCUCUUUCUUAUAAUCAUGGGCGUCUUUGCCAAAUUCGCUGCGGCCCUCGUCGCGAUCCCUGCGCCCGUCUUGGGCGGCAUGACCACGUUCCUCUUCUCCUCGGUCGCCGUCUCAGGCAUCGCCAUCAUCACCAAGGGCGUCCCCUUCAACCGCCGCAACCGCUUCAUCCUGACGGCGGGCCUCGCCCUGGGCUACGGCGCCACGCUGGUGCCGACCUACUUCCACAACGUCUUCGGUCCGACCGACAACGGGGCGCUGCAGGGCUUCCUGAACGCCAUCGAGCUCAUCAUGGAGACGGGCUUUGCCGUCGCCGCCUUCAUCUGCGUCGUCUUCAACCUGCUGCUGCCGGACGAGGUGGUGGAUGAGGCCGAGGAGAACAAGGGGCAGCAGCAGCAGCAGCGCGGCGGGGUGGCGUCUUCGUCGUCUGCUGACCUCUCGGAGCGGGAUGACGCCGUUCACUCGCCGUCGGGAAAGACGGCGGAACGGGGAGGUGUGCCGCAGGUCGUGGCGUCGAGCGGGGAGGCGGGCUCUGACACCGGCAUUGAGCACAAGGUCAAGGACAGCUGA